CCUUCUCCAACCUCGACUUCGUUAAUAUGUUGGUAACCAAUUAUUUCGUAAUUUUCGGUUUUCUGUGUGUGUCCAACGGUUUUGUUGUACGGCGGCAAUUUGACCCAAAUGCAUUAUAUCAGCAACAAUCACAGACCGCCCAGAACUACAUGAAAAAUGGCGGCGGCUCACAGUCACCACCCGGAAGUAGUUCGUCUUCCGGCACCGCAGCUAAUUUUGAUCCCAGUUCAGUGAAUACCGCUUCACAGACAGGAGCAGGUGGUACCGGCUCGAGCGGAUCUCAAUCAAGUUUUGAUCCUAAUAAAGUAAAUCAACAAAUAACGCAAAGUCCGCCACCUGGAGGAAACUCUCCUUCUCAGAGUAUGUCGGCAUCCGGAACCGGAAGUGGAAGCUCUUCGAGCGGAAGUAGUUCCAGCGGGUCACAAAGUAUGAUGCCAUCAAUGACAGGGAUGACAAGCAGCGGAAGCAGUGGCAGUAGCAGCAGUGGAUCAUCAGGUAACAGCAUGCCGUUAUUUUCUAUGGGAAGUUCUUCCGGUGGUUCUACAGGUGGCUCAUCAGGUGGAAUGUCAAAUCCCUUUGGGAUGGGAAGUUCUUCCGGUGGAUCUUCAAGUGGAACUGGAAGUAGUUCUACCGGAUCACAAAGUAUGAUGCCUUCAAUGUCGGGAAUGAGCAGUGGUGGAAGUAGUGGUGGUGGAAGUAGCAGCAGCUCUUCGGGAAGCUCUUCCGGGAGUUCCUCCGGUGGAAGUGGGGGAUCAGGUGGAAGUUUUGAUCCAAAUUCAAUAAAUUCUUUGAGUAAUAACAUGGGUAACCCUGCCAAGUUUUUAAGUAACAUGGGUUCCAGUGCAGGGGCCUCGCAACAAGGUAUGACUUCAGGAAGCGGUGGAUCUGGUGCUAGCAGUAGUGGAGGGUCUAGCGGGGGCACUGGAGGAAGCAGCAGUGGCGGUGCAAGCCAAAGCAUGUCGCCAUCAGGCUCGGGCCAAAGUAUGUCACCUUCAGGAAGUGGUCAAAGUAUAUCUCCUUCGGGAAGCGGCCAAAGUAUGUCACCUUCGGGAAGCGGCCAAAGUAUGUCACCUUCAGGAAGCGGACAAAGUAUGUCACCUUCGGGAAGCGGAAGUAGCAGUGGGAGCUCCUCCGGGUCUGGAUCUGGAUCGAGUGGAAGUUUUGAUCCAAACGCCUUUAACCAACAAAUGAUGUCGUCAAACUCAAUGACCAAUCCGUCCCAGUUUCAGAGUGGCACAAGUAAUGGUGGUAGUCCUCCGAUGGGAAGCACGUCAGGUGGAAGCUCUAGUGGCAGUGGUACUAGCAGCGGAAGUUCAAGCAGUGGGGGAAGUGGUGGCUCAAGCCAAAGCAUGUCACCGUCUAGCUCUGGACAAAGUAUGUCACCCUCAAGUGGUUCCAGCACCGGUGGAAGUGGUAGCAGUAGCGGCGGAAGUAGUAGUGGUUCAGGUAGCGGAUCCGGAAGUAACAACCCACCAAGUCAGAUGACAAACCCGAUGGCAAUGAUGGGAAGUGGUAUGGGAGGGUCUGGAGCUGGGAAUAUGGGUAACUUCGAUCCUAAUGCAAUCAAUAAGCAGCUGAUAAACACAAAUUUCUUUAAUCCGCAGAUGAUGGGCAGACGAUAGAAACGAUAUAUUUUUUGUUAGACUUAAUAGUCAAUAUCAGUGUCU